AUGCCUUCGGCACAACCAACACCUACCAGCCAUGCAAUUGUUUCCAGUGUUGAUCAGAACGCCUUCAGGCCAGAACCAAAAUGGGCCUCCUUUAUUCCAGGAGGCUAUUCUCAUCAACGGGCCAUAGGCCUCACUGGCAAGCCCCUGAUAUGGGUCAUCUUGGCUGUCUCUGGCUGCGCGAUUCUCUUCUUCGGUUAUGAUGCUGGCGUUAUGGCUCUUGUCAACGUGAACCCCGACUAUCUCAGGAAUAUGGGCACCACUUCAGGCACCAGUCGUGAUGCCGCUGCCAACGGCGGCCUGGUAUCUCUGUGGUUCGGCGGCUUUUUAAUCGGUGCCAUCCUAGUUGGUCUCUAUGCGGACAAAAUUGGUCGUCUGAAGACUAUGAUCGUUGGCUGCGCCUGGGCUGCCUUCGGGGCUGCCUUGCAAGCCUCGGCUCAAAACUUCACCUGGAUGGCUUUUGCACGCAUCAUCGGCGGUAUUGGCUGCGGUCAUUUGAACGCUGUGGUACCAAUCUGGACGUCCGAGUUGGCCGACGCUCACCUUCGCGGUGCGUUUGUGGCCGUCGAGUUCACGUUGGCCGUUGGAGGGAUAUGCGGCGUCUACUGGAUUGAAUAUGCAUGUCUCAAGACGCAAGGCGCUGGUUUUGCAUGGCGCUUCCCUCUUGCUUUGCAGAUCGUGUUCCUCAUCAUCCUCGUCUUGGUAGUACCCUUCAUGGUUGAGUCUCCACGUCACCUGGCCGCGACAGCACGUUACCAUGAGGCAAGACACGUCCUCCAAAAGGCUCGACUUAAUCCCUCUCCCGAGAAAAUCGAGGCUGAGAUGACCGAAAUCCUGGACGCAAUCCGUCUAGAGGCACGCAGUACCAGCAAGUCUUAUUGGAGUAUGUUGUUCACGAAAGAUCAUCUUCACACUCGUCGCCGUCUCCUCCUUGGAGCCGGGGUUCAGGUCAUGCAGAAAUUCACUGGCAUUGACUUUAUUACGACCUAUGCACCACAAAUGUUCGCAUUGUCCGGGUACUCUGGCACGAAAUCUGAUAUUCUUGCUGGUGGCAACCUUAUCUCCUAUACAGCUUCUCUCGCACUCAGCAUUUACCUGAUUGACCGAGUCGGAAGGAGAAAGCUUAUGCUCAUCGGCUGUUCUGUCAUGGGUGUCCUGCUCAUCGUCGGUGGUGUGCUUGCGCAUUUGGUCAAUAAGAAUGAGGCAAACGAAGCUCAAGCCCAGAAAUUUGGCGCCGGUGUUGCAGCUGUCUUGUACUUGUAUACCUUUGCCUACGGCAGCACGUGGCUGACAGUCUGCUGGGUCUAUCCUACCGAGAUAUUCCCGCUUGCCUCUCGAGCCAAAGGAGUUGCUUUUGCCACCAUCGCCUUCUCCAUUGCCGGAGGUAUCGUGAAUGAGAUCACUCCCUACCUUAUCAAAGCUAUUGGCUUCUGGAUCUUCAUUCUCUUCGCUUUUGUAAAUUUUGGCAUGCUCGUUCCGAUCUUCCUGUUUUAUAUCGAGACAGCUGGUCGGCAUCUUGAGGAUCUUGAUCUAUUGUUCGCUGGCAACAGCAACAUUGCUUGGCGUGCGGAAAAAGAGUAUGAAGCGGAGAAGACGAGCCUUGACAAAGAGAAAGCUAUCCUUGGUCCUAGUGUGGAGCAGGCAGAGGAAAUAGUUGAGGGGGGAUCGAAGGGCGUGUGUGUCGAGACUUGA